AUGGCCCCCUCAGCAGUUGACACUCCCAUCGAGGGCCCCGUCUCAUCGAAGUCAGUCUUCACAGAAUUUCCGGAGCCUCUCAAGCUGUCUAGGGCUUUGGAUGCCUAUGAAUCUUUCGAAGUGACCCCAGUCAUCGGCAAAGAAUUUCCCAAGGCCAGCCUUGUCGAAUGGCUGAAUGCUCCUAACUCGGACGAGCUGCUCCGGGAUCUUGCCAUUACUAUCUCUCAACGUGGCGUCGUAUUCUUCCGUGCCCAGGAUGAUCUCACGAAUGAUCUCCAAAAGAAGCUGAUACUUCGUCUGGGGGAGCUGACUGGGCGUCCCAAAACAUCAUCCCUUCAUAUCCACCCUGUGUUGAACAGCGAGCGCAAUCUUGGCGGCGAUGAUCCAGAAAUCAGCACCAUCAGCUCCAAACAAUUCCAGCAGCUCAAGAUCAACGAAGCCGACCACGAGGAGAGGAGCACCAAGAAGCAGAACAAUGCUCAAUGGCACUCUGAUAUUGGGUUCGAGCCCGUGCCUGCUGAUUACACCUCGCUGCGGCUCAUUGAAUUCCCAGAGACAGGUGGCGACACCCUAUGGGCUUCGGGCUAUGAAGUCUAUGACCGGAUCAGCGAGCCGUACCAGAAGUUUCUCGAGGGCUUGACGGCAACCUUCAAAGGCCAACAAUUCAACAAGAUUGCCGAGCAAGGUGGCUUCGAGAUAUACACAAAGCCCCGCGGUGCUCCAGAGAAUGUCGGCUCCAACCUGCAGACUACCCAUCCCGUCGUCCGAACGAACCCAGUCACAGGCUGGAAAAGCAUCUUCCCCGUGGGAGGCUUCGCUAGGCAUAUUAACGGUCUGACCGAAGCCGAGAGCAACCAUCUCCUGAAGUGGUUCCUCGAUCUGGUCUACCAGAAUCAUGAUCUCCAAGUGAGGUUGAAAUGGAAGAACAAGAACGAUAUUGCCAUUUGGGACAACCGCAGCGUAUAUCACACCAUGACCUUGGACUAUCAUGGCCUUGGAGACAGGUUCGGUAACCGAGCCGUCGGUAUCGGAGAGCGACCGUACUUUGAUCCCAAGAGCACCUCGCGCCGCGUCGAUCUGAAUAUCCCAUACAUACAGUAG